AGUACUGACACGAUACAACAUUCUUCCAGCACUUCCUCUACUGCACUGUGCACCACUAAUGCAGACCACUUCCUCAAACUAACUGAGUGCAGUAAACAUCUUUAAGUUGCACAGACUGGCACUGAAUGGGUAAAACGGCUGUACCUUUGCAUGCCGGAAGAAGCUGCUCUGACAAGAGUCCUGUCCUGUGAAACCUAAUAAGGGUCUCUGCAGUCCCAAGAGGUGUUUACAUUGUCCACCACCCAGCAAACACGCAGAUCAAAAUGAAGAAACGGGACACACCCCUUAGUAAGCAGCAGUCCACACCCUGCCUUGGGAAAGAAAUGCCACGGCUUUUCCAAAGAAUGUCAAUGAGCGAGGUGGAUGAGAGGGUACGCCUGCUGGCAGAGAAGGUGUUCGCCUCUGCUAUGAAAGAGGAAGACACCAAGGAUGCUAUUGCACUUUUCACUGUGCCAGAGGACUGUCCUAUUGGUCUACAUGAGGACAGGGAGCGGGCACUGCAGAAGGAGAUGGCUGAGCAGCUGUCCCAGGAGGGUGCAAAAAGGAAGAAGAAUUUCAUGUUGAAGCGUUCGCAGUCAGUAUCUUUGCAGAUACCCAUCGGCAGUGACUGGGCCCAGGCUAUGGGACCCUCAAUGCCGCCCACACCUGAACCUUUCCUCCCAGAGGGUUUUCCAGACUUCCAGAGAGUAACCAUCAGUGGAGAUUACUGUGCAGGGAUCACAGUUGAGGAUUAUGAGCAGGCAGCCAAAAGUCUCCUUGGGGCGCUGUUCAUCAGAGAGAAAUACUCUAGAUUGGCCUACCACCACUUCCCCAGGACCACUGCCAAGUUCCUCCGCAAUGCCCAAGAUGAGAAAUGGAGGGAGGAGAAUGAGAUUCUUCCAGACACCUUGCCUCCCCCUCAUGAAGGGGAGGAUCUGUACUCCAUGGAGGGUAUUCCUGAGGACCUGAACUAUGAGCUGCAGAUGAAAGAUGGCAUAGUUCACGUUUACGACAAUGCCGAGGCCCUGAAACAACAGCAGCCUCACAGUCUCCCUUACCCUGACAUUGAGACCUUUGCCAUAGACCUGAGUCACGUCCUUGCAAUGAUAGCCGACGGCCCAACGAAAACCUACUGUCACAGACGGCUGAACUUCUUGGCCUCUAAAUUCUACCUCCAUGAAAUGCUGAAUGAAAUGGCAGAGCUCAAAGAGCUAAAAAGUGUUUCACACAGAGACUUCUACAACGUUAGAAAGGUGGACACACAUAUACACGCUGCUGCUUGCAUGAAUCAAAAGCAUCUGCUGAAAUUUAUAAAGGCCACGUACCAGACAGAGGCAGAUCGCGUGGUCUUGGAGAAGGGCGGUAAGAAGAUCACACUCAAGGAAGUCUUCAGCAACCUCAACAUGGACCCCUAUGACCUCACCGUAGACUCUCUGGAUGUGCAUGCUGGAAGACAAACAUUUCAUCGCUUUGACAAGUUCAACUCCAAGUACAACCCAGUGGGAGCCAGCGAACUGCGAGAGAUUUUCUUGAAAACAGACAACUACAUCAAAGGGGAAUAUUUUGCACGUCUCAUCAAGGAAGUUGCCAAAGAGCUGGAGGAGAGCAAGUAUCAGCAUGCUGAGCCCCGUCUGUCGAUUUACGGCCGCUCUGCCAGUGAGUGGGAGAGCCUAGCAAACUGGUUCAUCCAGCAUAAGGUCUACUCACCCAACAUGAGAUGGAUGAUCCAGAUUCCAAGGAUCUAUGACAUCUUCAGGUCAAAGAAAUUAGUACCACACUAUGCCAAAAUGCUGGAGAAUGUUUUCCUCCCCCUCUUUGAGGCUACAGUCAAUCCACAAAAGCACAAAGCAAUACAUGUAUUCUUGAAAUACGUAACAGGAUUUGACAGCGUGGAUGACGAGUCCAAACACAGUGACCACAUGUUCUCUUACAAAAGCCCAAAGCCUGAGGCGUGGACGACGAAUGACAACCCUCCCUACACGUACUACCUGUUCUACAUGUACGCCAACAUCAUGGUGCUCAACAACCUGCGCAAGGAGCGAGGACUGAACACCUUCCAGUUUCGUCCCCACUGUGGUGAGGCCGGCUCCAUCACCCACUUGGUUACCGCCUUCCUCACGGCCGACAACAUCUCCCAUGGACUCAACCUUAAGAAGAGUCCAGUGUUGCAGUACCUGUACUACUUGGCCCAGGUCCCGAUCGCCAUGUCACCACUGAGCAACAACAGCCUUUUCCUGGAGUACUCCAAGAAUCCUCUACGAGAGUUUCUGCAGAAAGGCCUGUGUGUGUCGCUGUCCACUGACGACCCCAUGCAGUUCCACUAUACCAAGGAGGCCUUGAUGGAGGAGUAUGCCAUCGCAGCCCAGCUGUGGAAGCUGAGCACUUGUGAUUUGUGUGAGAUCGCCAGAAACAGUGUGUUGCAGAGCGGACUCUCGCAUCAGGAGAAGAAACACUUCAUUGGUUCCAACUACCUUCAGGAAGGACCAGAGGGCAACGAUAUUCGGAGGACAAAUGUGGCACAGAUCCGCAUGUCCUACCGCCACGAGACACUGUGCAACGAGCUCAGUUUUCUUGUGGAUGCAGUGAAGGCAGACGUUGGCACUAGCCCAUGCGAGUGAUUGACCAUGGCAGCACAAACUGGGCCUGAGCAUUUUCUCAGUGAUGAAGGGCCAUAGGUCAGAUGCCGCAUGCAAUUUUUAGGCCAGAUUUUUAAAAAGGGGGCUCUUAUUUGGUGCAGAAAUCUGGCAUGGUGAACCAUGCAGCAUGAGAAAAACUUGAUUUCUGAACUGUAUUUUAAGCUGUAUCUAUACAUUUUGCCAAUCACUGUGUGCCACAUUUUAUUGUGUUAAAGGUUUAUUUUCUUUUUAAGGGUGUGAAGUGUACUCGUGGAUUCGGAUAUAUGAAUGGGCAUCAGCCAUAAAAUCUGAUUUAGAUUUGACAUAUUCACAAGUUCUUUGUAAAGGAACUGAUUUUCUUUGUACUUUCCUGUCACGUGCACACACUCAUGUUACAAAAGGACUAUAGAACAGAAAUGUAAUGUAGAAAAAAGAAAUAGACAGACCAAUUUAAUGCUAAGUAAGUACGCCUUUUGUGUGAAAAGACUGAUUGGAAUUAUCUUCUUUUUUAUGUUUUUCAUUUUACAUAGUUUUUCAUAUGUAAAUAAAGGCUGCAGAACAGUCA